AUGUACCACAAAGUCUUACGUUUCUCACGUUUGAAAGGCGCGCUCUACUGAAAGUAGCUUUUUUUUUAGAAUAUCUACUGAAAGUAGCCUGAACAAUGGCCGUGUUAUCCAUCUCUUUGGCACAAAAUACGUCUCGUGCUGGGCUGGGCUGGGCUGGGCUGAGCUUUAGUGCUUUACCAUUUCAGCCCCUCUGCUUCCCUCGCUUUGUGAGUGAGUUUCCCUCCCCUCCCCUCUUCUCCCCGUCUCGAAUUUUGAAUUCCCGUCGAGUUUCUCCGAUCCCCCACUCCGCCUGUCCGCCAUGGACCCGGAGCCGCAGCGGUGGGCGGCGACGUACACCACGCAGCUGAGGCAGAAGCGCAAGGCCUACCACGACGGGGUCCUCCUCCUCCGCCCGGACUCCCGCCGCCUCGUCCUCCUCGACGACGCCGGCGUCACCAUCGACGCCAGGUCCCUCCGCGCCGGCGAGUCCGUGUCCGAGGGCGCCUCCGUCGAGUUCCCGUGCCACCUCGUCGACGUCGGCGAGGCCCAGCACGUCCCCACCGCCGCCCGCCCCGGAAGGCCCUCCGAGCCCGCCGCUCCCAGAGCCGCCUACCGCGGCGGCGCCAGGGCGCGUCACGGCGUGGCCAACACCUGCGCUCCCCGCGCGUUCGUGAACCCACCCACGACCGGCGCCGGCAAAACUGAAGCCACGGGCUCUGGCUGUGCCAGGCCCGCCGGUUCGACGUCCCAAGAGUGGAGCGCGAUGUACACCACCCAGGUUUCGCAGAAGGCUAAGAGGUAUCACGGCGGCUUCGUGAAGCUCGUUCAAUCUGGGUUGUAUUCCAAGCAGAUCGUUUUGCUGGAUGAAGAGGGCCAAGUACUGGGGACCAGGCACCUCAAGUCAGGGGAGUGUGUGGGAAGCGGCAAGAAAUGCAGUUUUCCUGGCUAUCUGAUUGAGAUCGGCGAGGCCACAAAUCUAACAAAGGUGGAGAACCUAAAUCUUCAGAAGAACACAUGGUGCAGACAAGACCAAAGGGAGUGGAGAAUGCGAAUAGCAAAAUGGGAAUUGGAACAACAAGUUCCCUGAAAUUCAUCAGUCCACAGAAGUUCCAUUGU